GUUUAUUUAGGUUGCAUGCGCAGGUGCGCUGCAGUACGGUAAACUAACAGUGCAACACAGGAAGUGGAAUAUCACGUUUUAGAAGAUCACCGUGACGUACAAGCGAGAGCAGAGCAUUACAGCAUGGCGAGUAAUGAUCCCGGGGGCUUUUUGCAGCUGCUUAGGCAGAUCGCUGGUAGAAUGGGGUCCGGGCCUGGCCCUCGAGGAGUCGGACUGGGUGUAAAACUAAUCGUUGGAGCCGGAGCCCUUGCUUACGGUGUCAAAGAAGCCACAUACACAGUGGAGGGUGGGCAGAGAGCUGUCAUCUUUAACAGAAUUGGGGGAAUGCAGAUGGACACUGUGCUUUCAGAAGGAUUGCACUUCAGGAUACCAUGGUUCCAGUAUCCUAUCAUCUAUGAUAUCCGAGCCAAACCCAGGAAGAUUUCAUCCCUCACUGGAAGCAAAGAUCUCCAGAUGGUCAGCAUAGGUCUUCGUGUGCUGUCCCGGCCCUUUGCUGCUAACUUGCCGACUAUGUACCAGCAACUGGGAACGGACUAUGAUGAGCGUGUGCUGCCUUCCAUUGUCAAUGAGGUGCUCAAGAGCGUGGUGGCCAAAUUUAAUGCGUCCCAACUGAUCACACAGCGAGCACAGGUUUCAUUGCUCAUAAGGAGAGAGCUGAUUGAAAGAGCUAAAGACUUCAACAUCAUCCUGGACGACGUGUCCAUCACAGAGCUCAGCUUUAGCAAAGAAUACACGGCUGCUGUGGAGUCUAAACAAGUCGCCCAGCAAGAGGCCCAGAGGGCUCAGUUCUACGUGGAGAAAGCCAAACAGGACCAGAGACACAAGAUUAUCCAGGCUGAGGGGGAAGCCGAAGCCGCUAAAAUGUUAGGUCAGGCUGUGAUGAAGAACCCUGGUUAUCUAAAACUCAGACGCAUCAGAGCGGCACAGAAUAUUGCCAAAACGGUGUCAACAUCUCAGAAUAAGGUGUACCUGAGUGCAGACAACUUGGUCUUGAACCUCCAGAAUGAUUCCUUUAACAACUUGCCGUCAUUUGCGAAGUGAGAAGCAUCAAUCAUGGACAACACAUUCAUUCUAUAUGUUAGCACUUUGCUGAACCACAGUAUUUAUUCCUUUUAAUAGAAACAACACUGUGUCCCCAAAGAGAUGUCGCUGAUUACAUUUUUUACUCAGAUUUGGGUUAGACAACAUUACACACUUACGUGUAUGUGAGUGAAUACCCAUUGUACACAGUGUUUUGUGGUUUGGCAGGUCUUUUGUGUGAUGAUGCUUAAGAAUUGACACUGUAUUAUCAAUUGGUGCAGUGAAACACAAGUUUUUGUAACAUUUGAAACCAUAUGUGAAGACGCCCAAGUACAAUAACUUUAAAGUAAAUAGUUGCUGGUUGUUGUUUACAGAACAUGCUCUUUUUUUAGUUUUACCUCCCAACAUUUGUUUCCAGUCUAUAUAAUUUGUAACAAACAUUGAAGUACAUUAAAGUAGAAACUUGAUUGAUUAA